UCCCCAUCUCCCCCUUUCCUCCUUUCCCCCUCUUCCCAUCUCCCCUUCUCUCUCUCAGGCUCUUCUGCUUUCCUCCUCUGCUUUUAAUGAAUCUCCAAGAGCCACCACAUCUCUGAGGCAGCCCAGCCCCGGCUGCCUUACAGCUGCCGCCUGCUUCUUAGACCGGACGGAAUCAGAAGGUGCUUAAUGAUCAAUAGUUGGUGCACUGCCUAUCCUCACCCCCCCAUGAGCCUUGGUUUUUAUGCAACCUAUGGUCAUGCAGGGAUGCCCUUACACCCUUCCACGAUGUCAUGAUUGGCAGGCAGCUGACCAGUUCCGUCAUAGCAGCAGCCUCCGAAGUACCUGCCCCCAGCCUCAGGUUAGAGCUGUUGUCACCAGCCCUGCACCUCCUCAGGAUGGUGCUGGGGUUCCCUGCCUAAGCCUAAAGCUGUUGAACGGGUCUGUUGGUGCCUCUGGACCCCUGGAACCACCAGCCAUGAAUCUGUGUUGGAAUGAAAUAAAAAAGAAGUCUCACAACCUCCGCGCUCGCCUAGAGGCCUUCUCAGACCACAGUGGAAAGCUUCAGCUCCCUCUUCAAGAGAUUAUUGACUGGCUCAGCCAAAAGGAUGAGGAGUUGUCAGCUCAGCUGCCCCUACAAGGAGAUGUGGCCCUGGUGCAACAGGAGAAGGAGACACAUGCGGCCUUUAUGGAAGAAGUCAAGUCUCGGGGCCCGUACAUCUAUUCUGUUUUGGAGUCAGCUCAGGCCUUCCUGUCCCAACACCCAUUUGAGGAAUUAGAGGAGCCUCAUUCUGAGAGCAAAGAUACCUCCCCUAAACAGCGGAUCCAGAAUCUCAGCCGCUUUGUGUGGAAGCAGGCGACGGUGGCCAGUGAACUAUGGGAGAAGCUGACAGCCCGCUGUGUGGACCAGCACCGUCACAUUGAGCGCACUCUGGAGCAGCUCUUGGAGAUCCAAGGGGCAAUGGAGGAACUAAGCACUACUCUGACCCAAGCUGAGGGAGUCCGAACCACUUGGGAGCCCAUUGGGGAUCUCUUCAUUGAUUCACUCCCAGAGCACAUCCAGGCUCUUAAGCUAUUCAAAGAAGAAUUCUCCCCCAUGAAAGAUGGAGUAAAGUUGGUGAAUGAUCUGGCCCACCAACUAGCCAUUUCUGAUGUGCACUUGUCAAUGGAGAAUUCCCAGGCCCUGGAACAGAUCAACGUCCGAUGGAAACAACUACAGGCAUCAGUUAGUGAGAGGCUUAAGCAGCUCCAGGAUGCCCAUCGGGACUUUGGGCCUGGGUCACAGCACUUUCUCUCCUCCUCUGUCCAGGUUCCCUGGGAAAGAGCAAUUUCACCCAAUAAAGUUCCCUACUACAUCAACCACCAGGCUCAGACCACAUGCUGGGACCAUCCCAAGAUGACAGAGUUAUACCAAACCCUAGCCGAUCUGAACAACAUUAAGUUCUCAGCUUAUCGCACUGCCAUGAAGCUCCGCAGAGUCCAGAAAGCCCUGCGCUUGGACCUAGUAACUUUAACCACAGCCCUGGAAAUCUUCAGCGAGCAUGAUCUGCAGGCCAGUGAGCACGUGAUGGAUGUGGUGGAGGUCAUUCACUGCCUGACUGCUUUAUAUGAGCGGCUGGAGGAAGAAAGAGGCAUCCUGGUCAAUGUGCCACUCUGUGUGGAUAUGAGCCUCAAUUGGCUCCUCAAUGUUUUUGAUAGUGGUCGCAGCGGAAAGAUGCGGGCAUUGUCUUUUAAGACUGGCAUUGCAUGCUUGUGUGGCACAGAAGUGAAGGAAAAACUUCAGUACCUCUUCAGCCAAGUGGCCAACUCAGGCAGCCAGUGUGACCAGCGCCAUCUCGGUGUCUUGCUUCAUGAGGCCAUUCAGGUGCCCCGUCAGCUGGGUGAAGUGGCAGCCUUUGGGGGCAGCAACGUGGAGCCCAGUGUCCGUAGUUGCUUCCGUUUUAGCACUGGGAAGCCAGUCAUUGAAGCAUCCCAGUUCCUGGAGUGGGUCAACUUGGAGCCCCAGUCUAUGGUGUGGCUGGCUGUUCUGCAUCGGGUCACCAUUGCUGAGCAAGUGAAGCAUCAGACCAAGUGCUCUAUCUGUAGGCAGUGCCCCAUCAAGGGGUUCAGAUACCGGAGUCUGAAACAGUUCAACGUCGACAUCUGCCAGACCUGCUUCUUGACAGGCAGAGCCAGCAAAGGCAAUAAGCUGCACUACCCCAUCAUGGAGUAUUAUACGCCGACCACAUCUAGUGAGAACAUGAGGGACUUUGCCACAACGUUAAAGAACAAAUUUCGCUCCAAGCAUUAUUUCAGCAAACACCCUCAGCGAGGUUAUCUGCCUGUACAAUCAGUGUUGGAGGCUGACUACAGCGAGACGCCGGCUUCUUCCCCAAUGUUGCCACACGCUGACACACACUCCCGAAUUGAGCAUUUUGCCAGCAGGCUUGCUGAGAUGGAAAGUCAAAAUUGCUCCUUCUUUAAUGACAGCCUGUCCCCAGAUGACAGCAUAGACGAGGACCAGUACCUGCUGCGGCACUCCAGCCCCAUCACAGACCGGGAGCCAGCCUUUGGACAGCAGGCUCCAUGCAGCGUGGCCACAGAAAGCAAGGGGGAGCUGGAAAAGAUCCUGGCCCACUUGGAAGAUGAGAAUCGGAUUCUCCAGGGAGAGCUGAGGCGCCUGAAAUGGCAGCAUGAGGAGGCUGCUGAGGCACCCACUCUGGCUGAGGGCUCCGCUGAGGCAGCACCAGACCACCGCAAUGAGGAGCUUCUGGCUGAGGCCCGGAUCCUUCGGCAACACAAGAGCCACCUGGAGACCCGGAUGCAGAUCCUCGAAGACCACAAUAAGCAGCUAGAGUCCCAGCUGCAGCGCCUGAGGGAGCUGCUCCUGCAGCCACCCACCGAAUCAGAUGGCAGUGGCUCUGCAGGCUCGUCCCUAGCUUCCUCUCCACAGCAGUCAGAAGGCAGUCACCCCCGAGAGAAGGGACAGACUACUCCAGACACCGAGGCUGCAGAUGAUGUGGGGUCAAAGAGCCAGGAUGUCAGCCUGUGCUUGGAGGACAUCAUGGAGAAGCUCCGUCAUGCCUUCCCCAGUGUGCGAAGUUCUGAUGUGACUGCCAACACCCUGCUGGCCUCUUGAUGGAGCCAGAUCUCCAUCCUAUAGUUCAUAGUCCUCUCCUGGUUCCGGUCAAAGCCUUUCCUCAGCCUUCACCCAACCUUUCCAGUUUCCACUGGCACCACAUUCCUCAACUAGUAUUAUUUGGGCUCUGGGCGGCAGCGGGGACCUGGUGGUAUGUGAGGUGGGUUCAGAUAGUGAUGUGGGAAGGGGAGGCAUGAGUCCUCUGACUCUAGAAAUGUUCCCUUUAAUCUUCAAGUUUGAGGUCAGUCAUUUAAGUACCUUUCUGUUGCAGCCCAGGCAAAUAUCACUUGGUCAUUAAGAUGGGGAGCAAAGAAGCUGCCUUGCAGAGCUAAGCGGUACCCAUUGGCCCCUCUCCCUUCUUCCUGGAAUUACGGAGAGAGAGAAGCCUAAUUAUCCCAAGAUUCCAGCAUUAUGAAUCCACAGGAGUUACCCCUACUCUCUGGAGCAAUUCAUGGAGGCAAAAGGGUAUCCCCAAGACACCUUCCGCACCCCAAGCACCCCUGAAAAAGUCUGGGCAGUGUGUGUUCUAUUACUUCAGCUCCAGGACAGAUCUCUAGCCAUCCUAAUGUUACCUAGGUAUUGGUUUCUCUUCAAAUAUCAUAAUUUUCUUUAGUCUCAGUCCCUGACAGACCUUCUUUAAGGGGAGAACAGUUCAUUCUGGUUCUUCCACAUUAUAUUUGGAAGCAUUAUAGAUAUACUUGUGGGU